GCGAUCCCGCAGUUGGUCUUGAAAGAAUGCAAUACGCGGACGUAUCAUGAUCGUACGUAUGAGGUCGAAUUGUUCUGUAGCGAUUCCGCUUGUACCGAUACUUGUAUGCUAACAAUUUCGAAUCUUCAUUCACUGUAACGAGUACGCGUAAUAUUAAGAAACAAGUAAAUCAUUACACGCCGAUAUACGUUAAUACCAACGACAGUGGCAAUUAUACAACUGUGACUUCGUGUACGUACAGAGAAUCGCUAAAGCAUUACAAUCGACAAGAAAAGUGCGUGUACGUGAGUGAAUAGAGUGCCUCAACCCUGAUCUCCGCGCCCUUCUGAAUCGUUGACAGUAGUCAUCGUGAUUUUCUGCGAACGAUUCUAUCGAUGACGUGCCGUGGACCAGUCUACGAGAACACAAAAGUGUUGCAUGCUGCGUGUUAGGGCAAGAAACAAGGGCCUAUACUAUCGCGUUUUAACCAUUGAGGUGGGCUGCACCGACGAGGCUGUGGACGUUCCUAGAUUGGCGAUGAAAAUUGAAACAUCCCAGGAUAUGACGUAAAUAUUAGUAUAAAGAGUAACGGAGAACAGCACCAUGAAGAAGAAUCUCACGCCGUAGUGCGAUGUUAGUGACACAGACACCCUCCUCGACGGACAAUCUGCCGAAUAUGCUGCCGGUACUCGAGGAGGAGGCGGAUGUCGAUGUCGACGACGCAUUCCCGCCGCACGUCGACACGGCGAACAUCGUCAUACAGCCAGAGUCGCCCACCAGCAAGAAGCAAACGCUGAAGACCUUCAAUGAGGUCAAUGCGCUUCUCCAGGCCGGCAGAAAGAGGGAGGCUAAGAUGAUCAUAAGGGAAAACGCGUGGCCAUUGAACAACGGGAUCAGAGCGCAAUUGUGGCCAGCCCUUUGCAACCAACAUGCACAUGGAAAGAAUAUGCUCGACGGAUUCUAUUGGGACAUGGUCAAUCAAGUAUUUGGAACUACAGAGCUACCGGAAAAAUCAAUCAUGCUACCACCGUUCGUGGACAGCACUCAUUGCCUGUCGUACCACCUGACGAGAAAAGGCAGGAGCGUUGCGGACAGGAUUGUGUCUGUGCUGGGAUACGCUUGUCCUGAUAUCACCUACAGUCCUUCUCUUUAUCCCAUCACGGCUCUUCUACUUCACUUUAUGCCAGAGGAGGAGUGUUAUCAUUGUAUGGCCAGCUUGGUCGCCGCUAAAGACAAGAUGUUCAUUACGCAAACGAAACUCCUCUACGAGGUUACCUGGAAAACCGUCGAGCAAAUCACUAAAAAGCACGUGAAAUCAGCAGCGGUACAUUUGGCGAGGCACUGUUCUGGAUCGAGAGCAGAAAGAAUUUAUAUGGAUUGGAUGUGGUGGAUUUUGCAGCUUCUUCCUUUCCAGCAUUUAGUCAGGGUUAUGGACUGUUUUCUUCACGAAGGCAUCAAGGUCUUCUAUCGUGUAGCAAUGGCUAUAGUUUUAUUAUUCUAUAAGCAUUCGUCGCUGCAAAACUCUGAAUGGAUGAACGAAAUUUCAAAGAACGGUAUUGACGCUGCUCUCUCGAAGUUCUGCAGACAAACACCGGUAACGCCAGCUAAAUUUUUACGUACAGCAUUUGGGAUACGUGGACUCAGCUCAGCAUACAUAUCAAGGGUAUUUUUACGCACAGAAAUGGCUCUAAAAAGUAAAAGCGUUAUAUCGGGAUCCAAAUCAUUGGCUAGAUCACGAUCCACCGACAAUUUGCCGACGAGUCAGUCUCAAGUCAACAUUCAAAUGAUGUCGCACACGCUCACGAUACGAGAAGGUGCACACAGUCCUGGACCGCGUGCUCUGUCAAUGGGGGUUUAUCCCAUACAAAGCAUAUGCUCCCAGAUUCUAGACAUGCCUGAUUUAUUCACGUUAUGGUCCUGGCUGCCUAUGCGGAUCACCAUGUAUCAACCAAUCCUAUUGUAUACAACAGAAGAGCAUGGUUGUUCUUUGACAACAUUUUAUGUAAGGGUAGAGCAACAUGAACCAACCCUCCUAAUGAUAAAAACAUGUAACAAUGAAGUAUUUGGUGCCUAUUGCUCCACAAGAUGGUGUGAACGUAACUUGAAAAAUGAUAAAGGACAAAGACAAGCUUAUUUUGGGACAGGUGAAACUUUCUUAUUCAGUUUGUAUCCUGAACGAGCAAAAUACCCUUGGGUGGGUAUGGAUUCUUCGCACAAUGAUUCUAAAGUCCAUCAUUCAGCUGAACUGUUUAUGGCGGCAGAUUCCAAAAUGAUAACAAUUGGAGGAGGAGACGGUCAAGCGAUAUGGAUGGAUGAAAAUAUAAGAUUCGGUAAAACAGAUCGGUGCUCUACAUUCAAUAAUCCACCCCUUUGUGCCAGUGGCGAUUUUGAGAUUAGGGUACUAGAAGUAUAUGGAUUUGCUGGUGCUUGAAAAGAAGACAGAAUUUGGCACUACAACGUAUCAGCUUAUUUAAUUCCCUACUGCCAUUUAGCGACUCUCUUCUAUACAUAUAGUGUCGUAUACAUUAUAUACAAGUAUCUUCGUAUCGUAUAUGUGCAAAAUUAUCGCGCUUUUCUAGUCGCGGUAUUUGUGAUGCAUCUUCAGUCGUUUGCGGAAUACUAGUAUUAUUAUAUGUGCAUGUUUCAUUGUUGAGGCGCUCUAAGAGGUUCUGUACCGAUUGAGAUUACAUAGAUUUAUCUCCUUCGUUUUAUUACGCUUGUUUGUUCGAUUAUUUGUCUCGACGUUUGCAGAAAUAAGACGAUUUCUACGAUUAUUGUGUUGCGAAUUCUCUAGCAGGACACAGAAUGAUAUGAAAUGGUUGCUAACGUAUAGAUCACAGUCUGCGACAUGGUGAACAUCGACAAUAAUCAACGUUAAGUCAUCUUUAGUUAUGUUACAAAUCUUGAUAUCUAACAUGUACAUAUGUAAGAAAUGAUUGAUUAUUUACAUGAAUACUUAAUAUUCAUUGGACCAGAUGCUGUCAAUAUAUAUAUAUAUAUAUAUACGUACAUAUGCUGCAAAUUAAUUUAACGGAAUCUAUUGUUAAUUUUGCAGUUUAACAACAAUGCUCGUAUACGUAUGUGUUAAUGCCUUGCAAUGUUUAUUUACUUUAGUAUUGUUACAACUAGCUUUAAUGAAUUGUUGAACGUAGGAGCGAGACAAACGAAGGAAAGAGUACUGUUUAUAUGUUACAUAUUGUGUCUGUCACGCGUUAAUCGUAUAUGUGUAUAUAUACACUACAUACAUAUAAUAUGUAUGUUAAUCUCAUAUUAAUUUCUUGUAAAUAUUAUAAAUAGUGCCCCUUGCGCAAGUAGACACACACGCAACACAAUUCAUACACAUUCAUAUAUACAUUAACUUUAGUCGAUUCAUUCCACACUGACAUGAACGCGUGACGAUGAAGGAUGGAGUGCCUAGUCGUUUGUAUUAUAUACGCAUUUUCAUUAUUGUCAAAUGAAUCAACUAAAUUUAUUGUAUGUACAUUGACGAAUAUCGAGCCAGCGUUGUAAGAAAGAAAACGAAGAAAUAUAUUAAUGGCAGGGGGCGAAUGGUACUUUGAACAACGAUAAUGCCUUUUAUUUUUUAGAGAUGAUUACGUUUGAAGAAAAGAAAAUCGCGUGAAGAUUGACCUGUUUUUUUAAAGUGAAAUACGAAAAGCCAUAGCUUUCAUGUAGUAUAUUAAGGAUUUGUAUAUUUUAUAUAGAAUCAUGUCGAUAGUAAGAUAACAACUAGUACCAGAUAUUGAAACUUAUAUGUACAGAGGAACAGUACGAUGAUUUUUUUUCGAUAUAAUUUGUCGAUACACUCUUCGGGCAUUCUGAUGAAACGUGCUAGUGUUACUAUCGUUAUUCUUUGUCUCUUUUUGUGAUCAAAUCUGUAUCGAUGUCGUACGAUACAUGAUUAAUUCUUAGAGUACCUGCUUCUUUGUUUAGUUUCUUGUUGUUACUUCUUUUUUUCCUUUUUCUCUUUUUUUUUUUUUGAAUGAAAGGGAAAGAUGAAGAGUGAAAUUGAGCGUGCAUGGAAAAACUGAAGGUGUCGAUUUUAGAUUCCUUGGUUGUGAUGUAAAAGUGGCUGGUACCACUUUUGUCCGAGUGACAAUACAUAAUUAUAAUGUUUGUGUAGGAGGAUUAUGUAUCUUUCACCCCCCGUCAUACUAUCAACUGUAAAAUAACGCAACAAAUAACAUGUGGAAAAUGUGUGCGUUAUUCUUGAUAUGGCUACGCGUUAAGGAGGAACACUCAAAAGCACUAGAAAAAAGGAGCCUAAGAAGAAACGUUCCGUACAUCGGCUGAGUCACCUCUUUCAGUUUUACAUUAAUAUAAUCAAUCACGUUAAUUAGUUUUCUUACAUCGACUCUUUAUACAAUCGUGCGAGACGCAAAUGCAAGAAUGACCGAGCAACACAACAAAGAACAAUCAACAUAUUAUACACGGCGAUAUUGAAUUCAAUUUUAAAUAUAACCAGUGUUAUAAUAUCGAAUUUAACUGCUGAAUCGUUUUCUGAAAUUUGUCUAACACCAACGAGAUAGUUCAUAGUGAAACAAAAUAAUAACGAAUCACGUUCACUUAACAAUGUUUUGUAAAUCUACGAUGGUACUCCCAUGGUUCACACGAAGUUAGCGAAAGUAAAAGAGUACACUGCUGAUCUCAACGAAAAGAUACACUACGAUAGGAUAGCGUAAAAAAUGUAUGUGUUUUACAUUACCAGAAAUUUUAUUACGCUAUCAGAACGGAGUUGGGUUACUCAGUUUAAGCGUAAGAGGUAUCAUAUUGAAAGAUACUCGAGUGUAUUUAGGACGAUUUAUUGUAAUUUUAAAGAUAUAUAGUUACAUUUCUCAGAAAUGUGAAACGUGAAUUUGAGGUUAGGUUGGGGUUCACGAUUGAAAGAAAGAAAUAAAGCAAUCGACAGAAUUUAUGUGUCUUACAAACACAAUGCGAGUAAAAGUGCAUUUUUGUGCAACACGUGAGAAUAGUUGAAGAAAGGAGAAUCUGCGUGUAUAGAGUUCCAUAUAGUUAAAUUAUUGCAUUAUUAGUUUAUAUUUAUACAAUUCAUAUACAAUCCAUAUGUUAAUUGUUUAAAUCAAAGUUUGGGUUUCCACGUUACAGAGUCUUUUUCUUAACUAUUCCAAGGUUGUUACCAGGAGCGUUAAGGGUUGCAAAUGCUGCUAGUACGAUUAUCUUUUUUUUUUAUGAAAUUAUAGUCGCGUGAUAACUGAAUGAGUGAAUAUUUAUUUAUUGUGUAUUCGUGGUCGAGAGAAAGGUAAUAAUAAUGUGCAGACAAUGGAAAGUAUUAUUAUUCAAAUUUUCUAACAUAGCACAGCAUAACAUUAAUUUACGUUAGUGAGUAAUAUAUAUAUAUACAUAUAUAUAUACAUAUAAAUAUAUUACAUAUAUACGUACAUACAUACAUAUAUACAUAUAUACAUAUAUUCAUAUAUAAAUAUAAAUAUGCCUAUAAACGAUGAGAAAAGAAAAAUAAACGUAAUUGAAUGGAGUGUUUUCAAGCUUUCCGCAGUGUUGUUAUAUUAUAAAUAUAUAUAUAAUGUAAGUUAUACCGUUUCCGAAAAAGAAGAUUGUUGCCUCUUGAUGCUACUUUAUCAUAUCAUCGUUGUGAAUAGAAUAUUGUUAUACACGAAUUUAUCGUCCCACUUACUGUUCCUUCCAUUUUGAGAAGGAUAUCUUACACACACACAUGUGACAUUCUUUAUUAUAUAAAUAUACUGCAUGUGAUCCUAAAAAA